AUUUUUCCCCUAAUUCUCAACUUCAAAUCACUCUUCUCACCAGCAGUAGCAAAUUAUCCCCUCAAUCGCCGAAUUUGGAUCAGUCGGAACAAUCUUCAAUCUGAAAAAAACAAUGCCUUCUCUCGCUGUUUCCCGGUCCGUAGAAGAAUCGCUUACUCCUCAGAAGCGGAGACUGAGAUCCAACUCCACAGCGGCGCCGGAAACCCCGAUAUCUGCUCCGACGAAGCGGAAGUCGCCCCGCCGAUGUCUCGAGUCCUCUCCCUCUUCUCAUCCGACCGUCUCAACAAGGAACGAUUCAAUUGGACCGGUUUCGAACUCAUCGAAAUCGCUUGCUGAGGAAUUGAGCGAGGAUUUCUCUAAGAAACUCAACUGGAAUCCUAGUGAUGCGUCCCAAGUGAGCGCGGUGAAGGAGGCGUUGCACGUAUCGACAUCUCCACCAACGAUUGUUUGUCGCGAAGAAGAGCAGAGAAGAGUGUUUGAUUUCUGCAAGGCUUGUGUUGAGAAGGAACAAUCUGGGAGCUUGUAUGUGUGCGGAUGCCCUGGGACAGGGAAGAGUUUGUCAAUGGAGAAAGUUUCGAAUCAGCUGAUUAAAUGGGCCAGAGAUGGUGGGUUUGAGCCUCCAGAGGUACUGUCCAUUAAUUGUACCGCGCUUACGAGCUCUUCUCAGAUUUUCGGGAAGAUUGUUGAUAAUGGUUAUGUGAAAGUGAAGACCAGUGGAACCAUUGCCCCUUUGCAACAUCUCCAGAAUGUGUACUCUCAAAAGCAGCAGUCUUCAAGUUCAAAGAUGCUCCUCAUAAUUGUUGAUGAGUUGGAUUAUCUAAUUACCAAAGACCGAGCUGUCCUUCAUGAUCUCUUCAUGCUGACAACUCUUCCUUUCUCUAGAUGUAUACUGAUAGGAAUAGCAAAUGCCAUAGAUCUAGCUGACCGUUUUCUUCCGAAACUGCAGUCAUUGAAUUAAUUUGAAUGUGGACUGGGUGUUAGUUAUGAGCUUCGAUUUCAGUAUGUGCUGAAUUGUUUGAUCGCUGUCUUUGUGAUAGGUAAGCCCUUGGUGGUAACUUAUCGAGCCUAUUCGAAAGAUCAAAUACUCAGAAUCCUUCAGGAGAGGCUCAUGGUACUACCUCAUGUAGUUUUCCACCCACAAGCUUUGGAGCUGUGUGCCAGAAUUGAUUUGCCAAUUGAUUCGUGUUUACAGAAAGUUGCAGCUGCAUCUGGUGACAUGCGCAAAGCACUUUCUGUUUGCAGAUCUGCAGUUGAGGUUCUGGAAGCAGAAGUAAGAGACUCUACGAAUAACAUGGACUCAGAUACUCAAGGAAAUUCAGUUGUGAAAAUUGAUCACAUGGCAGCUGCUCUAUCAAAGGCAUUCAGGACACCAGUAAUCGACACCAUUCAAUCCCUUCCUCAGCAUCAACAAAUAAUCCUAUGCUCAGCUGUUAAGUUCUUCCGUGGAGGAAAGAAGGAUACUAUAGUAGGAGAGCUGAACAAAUCUUACGUCGAGACAUGCAAAUCGAGAAUGAUCCCACCAGUCGGAAUUUCUGAGUUUCUGAGUAUGUGCAGAGUGCUGAAUGACCAGGCAAGUAACAUAACACAUCCAUUAACACAACUUUCAUUCCCAGCCUUUUUUCUCAUCAAAACCAGUGACCAGAAUUUUUACUCUUUAUUACUACAGGGACUAGUGAAACUAGGACAGUCUCGCGGUGACGAUAAACUGAAGAGGGUGACAUUAACAGUAGAUGAAGCUGACAUCAACUUCGCAUUGCAGGGAGUUCGUUUCUUUAGGAACUGUCUGCAGUAGAAGUGCCAAUUCUACUGCACAACUUUGACAGAAGAGCCAAAAUCGCCUAUGGAGUUCAAAUAGAGAAAGGGAAAUGAGGGAAAGCAAACAAAGACCAAAAACAGGCACUAGCUACAAGCUAGCAAUUCCUGAACUAACUACCAAAGCAAAGUGGUUACCAUGCAAUGCAGCUCAAUCAAAAAGGCCACCCAUGCCGACAUCGUCGUCCGAAUCAUCUUCUGGUUCAGGCUUCUUCUCCUCCUUAGCUCCCCCUCCACCGGCCGCAGCUCCUCCACCGCUAGGAGCUGCCGCUGCUGCCGGAGCCGCCAUUGCAGCUGCAAACUUGCUUGGAUCCUGAAAGUACUCCUUGACGUCCUCGGCUUGGGGGAAGCUAUACUCGGUUUCGACGGCAACGGAGAGCACGUUCCUGUACGAAGCAGCGAACAUGGCCGGCGCGGCGGCGAGACUCGGAUACGAGACGGCCAGCGAGAGCGAAGUGAGGUUGGUGACCCCGGAAGCGAACUUCAGAGCGACGUCGUCUUCGGUGAGGUCGAGCACCUCGGGGCUGAAGACGCUGCCGUCGUCGUAGACGGAGGUGACGAUGAGGCCGUAGGAAAAAGGACGGAUGCCGAGCUUCGAGAGAAGCGCGGAUUCGGACGAUCCCACCUUCUCGCCCUUCUUGAUCAGCUCCACCGACAUCGUUAUCUCCACCGUGCCUUUGUUGAUCUUGGUCGGGAUGUUCAGCACCUGAAAGAAGGAAGUCUGAGAGGGGUCAAGCCCGGUGUUGCCUGGAGGGACAGUGACGUCAAUUGGGGCGAUCAGACCCACGCGAGCCGGAGCUCCCACCUGUUAAU